AUGCCAAGAAAUCGCAAAGGGGCUGAUUUGAGCCGCAGUACAAGUAAAGCUGGAAACUUGCGAAAUAGCAGAUCCGAAAGAACAGAAGAACAAAUCCAGCAACAAAAUACUGAUGCACGUGUCAGAAUGGCGCAAUUGCAUCAAGAAGAGCCAGAAGAUACACGAGCUGAACGCAAUGAAUAUGAGCCCGAUAUUGAAUAUUAUGCUCAUUCAAAAGUGGUAAUUGGUGCUAUGGACAAGGAAUGUCCGCAUUGUCAUGCUCUGAAAUUCAAAAAUGAGCCAGCUGGGAUGUGUUGCGCGUCAGGAAAAGUGCAACUACCUGAAAUUGAAACACCACCUGAACCAUUGAACGGCUUACUUAUCGGCACGGAUCCAGAUUCUAACGUGUUCCUGAAGUCAAUUCGAAGAUUCAAUUCAUGCUUUCAAAUGACAUCGUUCGGAGCAACAGAAAUAGUUCGAAAUACUAAUGCAAAUGGUCAACAAUUCAAUUCUACAUUCAAAAUCAGAGGCCAAAUUUAUCAUAAAAUGGGCUCACUGCUGCCAAUGCCAAACGAACCACAUAAAUUCUUACAAAUCUACUUUAUGGGCGGCGAGGAUUCCGGAAGCGCACUUGCCAAUCGCGUGAAUGCACGUUGUGAUUAUAAUAACCUUGAUUCACUUUAUGCCAGGCGCAUCGUCAGCGAGCUAGAUGCUCUUUUGAACGAGCACAACGAGUUGUUGAAAAUAUUCAAAUCACAUAUGCACCAAUUACAAAGCGAUAAUCACGCUAUCGUCAUUAAUCCUGAUAAAACACCAGCUGGAGAGCAUAUUCGUCGAUUCAAUGCACCCGUUGUUGGUGAUGUUGCUGGAAUCAUGGUUGGCGAUUGUACAGCUGCACGAGAAAUUCUGAUUCGAAAUAAUAAUCUUCAGUUCAUUGCUGACACACAUCGUUCAUAUGACGCUCUCCAAUAUCCGCUAAUAUUCUGGAAGGGACAAGACGGAUAUUGCAUAAACAUAAAACAACGAGAUCCCGUAUCAGGAGCUGAAACAAACAAGAACGUUAGCUCAAAGGAUUAUUAUGCGUACCGAUUAAUGAUUAGACGUGGCCUGGACAACGUCAUUUUACGAUGUCGUGAGCUUUGUCAACAAUUCAUGGUCGACAUGUACGCGAAGAUUGAGAGCGAACGACUACGAUACUUACGAUAUAAUCAACAAAAGCUGCGCGCGGAAGAGUACAUUCAUUUGCGAGACGCUAUCUACAACAACGCCGACGUCGCCGAAAUUGGUAACCAUGUCAUUUUACCAUCAUCGUACGUAGGCAGUCCACGUCAUAUGCAAGAAUAUAUACAGGAUGCUCUGACUUUCGUGCGCGAAUAUGGACGACCAUGUUUAUUUAUCACGUUCACAUGUAAUCCAAAAUGGCCAGAGAUUACAUCUUUGCUACUGCCUGGCCAAAAUGCAAUGCAUCGCCAUGACAUUACAGCACGUGUGUUCAGACAAAAGUUGAAGUCUUUAAUAAGUUUCAUUACUAAAUCACAUGUAUUUGGUCCCACACGUUGCUGGAUGUAUUCGGUUGAGUGGCAAAAGCGAGGAUUACCUCAUGCACACAUUUUGGUUUGGUUCAUCAACAAAAUCCGUCCUGAAGAAAUCGAUAGUAUCAUUUCUGCAGAAAUUCCAGAUCCAUCCACUGACCAACUGCUGUUUGAUAUUGUUACAACAAACAUGAUUCAUGGUCCAUGUGGUACUCUUAAUAGUUCAUCGCCUUGCAUGGCUGAUGGAAAAUGUACUAAAAAUUUCCCUAAAGAUUUUACCAAUGAUACGGUCACAAAUGUCGACGGAUACCCAAUAUAUCGUCGAAGAAAUCCUGAAAAUGGCGGACAGUCAUUUAUUAAAAAUAUCAUCAACACAGACAUUGAUAUUGACAAUCGUUGGGUGGUGCCAUAUUCGCCUCUGCUGAGCAAGACAUAUAAUGCUCAUAUUAAUGUUGAGUUCUGCAGUUCUGUGAAGAGCAUCAAAUACAUUUGCAAGUAUGUCCAUAAAGGCAGUGAUAUGGCUGUGUUUAGAGUGGAAAAUACUAAUGUGAAUGCUCCUCCAGUGAAUAAAAACGAUGAAAUAACGCUCUACCAAAUUGGUCGGUACAUCAGCUCCAAUGAAGCUGCUUGGCGUAUCUUUGGUUUUCCAAUUCAUUUACGGGAUCCAGCAGUUGUUCAGUUAGCCAUCCAUCUUGAAAACGGUCAGCGUGUAUUUUUCACGAACGAGACAGCGAUUGAUCGUGCAAUAAAUCCACCUAAAACUACACUCACUGCAUUUUUUGAACUGUGUAAUCGUGCGGAUGAUUUUGGUGCCUUUGCACGAACAUUACUCUAUUCACAAGUACCACGCUAUUUCACAUGGACUCAAACAAAAACAUGGAUGCCCCGCAAGCAAGGCUCACCAGUUGCUGCAUGUCUCAAUUUAUUUAAAUCAAACGCCUUGGGGCGAUUAUUUACAGUCAAUCCAAGACACACGGAGUGCUUUUUAUCUUCGACUGUUGUUGGUUAA